UCCCCCCGUUGUCCCCCCGUGUCCCCCCCCAGCUCCAUGGGGCCCCUCUGGGCGCUGCUGGCGGCGCUGACGCUGCCCCCGACCUCCCCCGAUCCGGCAGCUGAGCCGUGUCCCACCAUCACCGCCAACGUUCGCCAGGACAGUCAGGUCACCGUCCCCAUCAACUUCACCGGGAAAACGUUUCACCUGCAAAAACGCAACGGGACGCGGUGGGAGAACUUUGCCCUCUGCCUGGGGAGCCGCUGCCACAAAACCAGCAGCGCCGUGGCUGGCGUCAGGCUGCGGGACGGGAAACUGGAGCUCAGCAAAGCUUCGGCUGGAACCUACCGAGCCCAGGGCAGCUUGGACAACGCCUGCCUGGCGCACAUCAUCCUGCACGGUGCGGGGAGCAGCCGGCCCGCGCACCCCAAAAUCCACCGCUGCUUCCCUCUGAGUCCCGGGGGGCUUUCUUGGCCGAGUUGCUCGCCACACGUCUGCGCGCGCGUCUCCGCGUGCGUCCUCGCGCGCGGCAGCAAUCGCGCGCGCGGAGAGCGCGUCUUUGCAAACCCCUUCCCCUGCGUCUUUGGAUUCAGCAGCGAUCGCCCGCGCAGAAAGCGCGUGUUUCCUCGCACCCCUCGCUCCGUCUUCGCGUGCAGCAGCGAUCGCGGGGGCACAAAGCGCGUCUUUCCUCGCACCUUUCCCUCGCGCCUUCGCAGGCAGCGGCCGUCGUGCGCGCGCGGAAAGCGCGUCUUUGCAAACCCCUUCCCCUGCGUCCUCGCACGCGCCUUUCCCCGCGUUUUUCCCCUGCCUUUGCGCCCGCGCCCUCUCUGAUUGCACAAACCGUCCCAGAACCGCAGCACGGCAAGACGCUUUUUUGCGCCGCGUGGGGUAAGAGCAAAAAAAAAGGGGGGGAUUUGGGGGACACAAUCAAUAUUAACCUAUUUGUCCUCUUUUUCUUCCUGCAGAGCCGACGCCGUCUCCGCUCCUGACCCGCGCGACGUCUCCCGAGCCUGCAAAAUCCACCGGUGACUGCAACCGUGGUGCAGGAAAAUCCCAUCCUCCCUGCCGCUCCUUGCCGCCGCAGCGCUCAUUAUUUUCUUUUUGUGAUUGCAGGUUGGGUUGCUCUGCCCUAUCUCGGCGUCUUUGCCGUCGCGAUGAUCGUCGCCGGCACCGUCGCCUUCGGUUUCGGCUUCGUGUACACCUGCGGCUCCGGGGAUUUCUGGCGGGGUCUGAGCUGCGUUCGCUGUUGCACCCAGAAAGGAGAAGAAAAUUGGAAUUCUCGGAGCAGGAGCCUCAGCCAGGGCAAAGCCCCGACCUGCAGCUCGACUUCGCAGUUGGUGUCUUCCUCUGCUUAACCAAA